GCAACAAACAAGAGAAAUCAUCGUCAACGUUCCUCUGCUUUCACUCAACCUCUCUUCCUCCAAAACAAGAAAAAUCUCUCUUUUUCUCUACCCCAGUUGUAAUCUUUCUCCCUUUGUAUUUCCUUCAUCAUUUCUUUCUCUUUGAAGUAAAACAAUACUUUUCUGUUUCUCUCUAUUUUAAUCCCAAGUAUUGGAAUUGGAUCAAGUCAAAACUUUAAGGGAGAGAAGCUUCUUCUUGGAUUCUUGUUGUGGUGGGAGGAAAGGAGGUUGUGUUUCUGCUCAACUCAACCCUCUACUUCUCGAGUAUUUUUGUUUAGAUAUGCAUAGAAUUUGAGGUGGCUGAAGGUCGUAUCAUUGAAAAUAGUUUGUGGGUUUCCCAUAUUGCUAAGUGUUUUGCAUAAUCAGAAUGUUGGGUUGUGAGUGUUUCUAUUGGUACAGAAGGCUUGAUGAGUUCCACUUCCACUCCCCUGAGCGGCACGCUUUUUCUCUGCCUUCCCCAAUUCCAGAAUGGCCUCCAGGUCAAGGUUUUGCUACUGGAAGGAUAGACCUCGGGGAACUAGAAGUUACCAAGAUCACUAAGUUUGAGAGGAUCUGGAGCUAUAAUUUGUUGUGUGGAAAAGCAAAAGGUACCACAUUUUACAGACCUUUGGGGAUCCCUGAUUGCUUUUUCUGCCUAGGAUACUACUGCCAGCCCAAUGACCGGCCAUUGAGAGGUUAUGUUCUUGUAGCUCGUGAGAAGUCAGUUUCCUACCCAAAUGUUGGAUGUCCUCUUGGCUUCAAACCAGAACUUCCAGCUCUAAUGAAGCCUCUUAACUACAAGUUGAUUUGGAGUACAGAAUCACAUGGAGAAGGUUGUGGUUUCUUCUGGCUACCAAACCCACCUGCAGGUUACAAAGCCAUGGGACUUGUUGUUACUGACAACCCAGAGGAGCCUGAAGUGGAAGAAAUUAGAUGUGUUAGAGAAGAUCUUACAGAGAAUUGUGAAAUCUGUGAUUGCAUGCUAACCACAGAUACAAACCCAUUUCAGGUAUGGAAAACAAGACCUUGCAAGAGAGGAAUGUUUGCUAGAGGUGUUUCUGUUGGGACAUUCUUCUGUGGCAUCUGCCUGAGCUCUGAAGAUCAGCUGGAUUUUGCCUGCUUGAAGAAUCUUGAGUCCACACUUCAUGGAAUGCCAAAUUUAGACCAGGUUCAUGCACUCAUCAACCACUAUGGCCCUACUGUUUUUUUUCAUCCUGAUGAUGUUUAUAUGCCCUCAUCGGUUCAAUGGUUUUUUAAAAAUGGAGCACUUCUCUACAAAUAUGGAAAGGUUAAGGGUGAACCGAUUAAUUAUCAAGGUGCCAACCUACCUUUUGGAGGAAAAAACGAUGGUGCAUUUUGGAUAGAUUUGCCUGAAGAUGAUGAUGCUAGAAACAAUGUAAAGAAAGGAAACUUAGAGAGUGCGGAGCUCUAUGUUCAUGUGAAACCGGCACUAGGUGGAACAUUCACCGAUAUUGCAAUGUGGGUUUUUUGCCCCUUCAAUGGACCUGCAACCCUUAAGAUAGGGUUAAUGAGCAUUCAGAUGAGCAAGAUAGGUCAGCAUGUCGGUGACUGGGAGCAUUUCACCCUACGCGUGAGUAACUUUACUGGAGAGCUAUGGCAGGUAUACUUUUCACAGCACAGUGGUGGUGUUUGGGUGGAUGCCACUGACUUGGAAUUUAUUGAAGGGAAUAAACCAAUUGUUUACUCAUCUAAAGGUGGGCAUGCUAGUUUUGCACAUCCAGGGACUUACCUUCAAGGAUCAGUUGAGCUUGGAAUUGGAGUAAGGAACGAUGCUGCUCGAAGCAAGUAUGUUGUUGAUUCAAGCGCUAAGUAUCAGAUCAUUGCAGCUGAGUAUCUUGGACAUGAAGUAACGGAACCAUGUUGGUUGCAAUACAUGAGGGAGUGGGGUCCGACCAUUGUAUAUGAUUCCCGGUCAGAACUCGACAAGAUAAUUAAUCUUCUACCAUUGUUUGUUCGAUUUUCCGUGGAGAACAUCUUUGAUUUAUUUCCCAUGCAGCUGUAUGGGGAGGAAGGACCAACCGGACCAAAGGAGAAGGAUAAUUGGGAAGAAGAUGAAAGAUGGUAGUCUCCUGAAGUCACCUCACUUGACACCGCAUUUGAAUACUUCCUCUCCGCUUUUCAGUAAAUUAACUUGGAAGAUUAAAUUCAUCACGUUACACUGUUGAUGAAUUGACUGGUGUGAUGUUGGCAGGAUAUCAUGUCUUGUUGUAAACAUGUAAUGUUGGUAGGACUUGUGUUUGAUUGCAAAUCUCCUGGUAAAACGAGAGCUACUCUCGGUUUUGGCUCCUUUGCCAUGUAAUGUUGUAUUUUAUUCUGGGGAUGGUGUAUCCCUCUAUGCAAUAUAUCAAUCCAAUCAUG